AUGAAUCCAAUUGACACCAGAUAAAUAUUGAAUUGGGAUCAAGUAAAGGUGCAUCUACAGCCCAAUUUAUGUAUUGAAUGCCAAUUGGUUCCAUAAUAACCUCUUCAAUGUUAUCGAUGUUAGAAAUUGCUUUGUUAAAGUUGUCAUGGAGAUCUAAAAUAAAAAUCAAGAGGGCCAAAAAUAUUUUGUUAGAAAUGCAAAGCACUUAAUUAUUUCAAUCCUGCUAACAAUGCUAUUUACUAGAGUUAUAGAGAUAUGGUAAUUGGAUGUUUAAAUCGUCGAUAUGGUUGUAAAGUGACACUGGAUUACAAAAAAUAUUAGAAACAUGUUGAAGAAUGUGAGUUUUAACGUAUUCCAUGUCCAUCACCUGGAUGUUUUGUAACAACAUUAAAAAGAGCAAAGGGUGAUCAUUUAUUAGUAUGUGAGUACGUGAUAGAGACAUGUUAAUACUGUAAUAAGUAAUUCAAUCGUAAAUCAAUGGCUUAUCAUCAAGUAUGAAUUUGUUAUAAUGAAAUGAUAGGAAAAAUGUAAUGGAAAGGAUGUAUAACAGAUUGAUUUGGCAUCACUGAAGUCGGACUUCCUACGACUGAGGAGUAAAUUGGAUGCAGCUAUUUCAUAAUUCGAGUAAUCAGCAGAAAUUGCUAUAUUAGAAUAGAAAGUAAUCAAAUAGUAGUUAGAGAUCUAACAAUUGAAGAAUAAUAUUAAUUAAUGAGUUAUUAAGAAUAUGAUUCUCUUCGUUCAAGACGAAUGUAAGUCUUUACAAUAGUAGGGCAUUUUCAUUGCAUAAGCAACGAUUAUCCAGUAUCAAGGGAUAUGAGAAUAAGUAGAUCUCUAGUGUUAUAGCCAGAGUUGAGAGAAUGAGAUCUUAAUCCAUUAAUAGACGUAAGUAGGUAGAAUAAUAAUAACUUGGAGAAGAAAAUCAACGAUUAAGGUAAACAAUUCUAUAAUUUUAGAAUUAAAUUGUUGGAAAUAGCAAAUGAAAAGAAGACAUAAUCUUAAUAAGUUAAAUUAUGUUAAGCAAAAAAGAAUUUAUAACAAUUAUUAAGACAUUAAUAGAAUAUGAUGGAGAAUCUUAUUUUGAUGAAAAAGAUAACCAAUGUGUAUUUAUUAUAAAAUAUUUUAGAACAUCAUCCAUUACUCAUAGAGUCUAAGUGUAAGAUUUUUAAAUUAGUAAAUUAAAGUAACUUCACAGAUAUCUACAAGAUGAUGAAAAGAGUUUUCAUAAGUAUAUAUAUCUAUAACAAAGACCUUCAAUUAAUCAAAGUCCCAAUAUUUCAUAGUCAAAUUCUUACAAUACUUAGCAUACUAAAACUCUUGAUGCCGCUAACAUCAAAUUAUAAGAAUUUAGAAUGUAUUCAAAUGGAUAAUUACUUCAAUGAG